AUUAUUGACGGUCGGUUCCACACAGCGUGCGGACACUUCAUCUCGAUGGCUACGCGAACACAGGAUUGUUUGCGGUCCGACUGUCUUUUUAGCAGAAGGCAUGCGCAUCCAUAUGGCUGCAGGUCUCCGACUUGUACCCGGAUGAUGUCCCUACCCGUCAAGAAUCCGAUCCGCAUAAGCCCAGUCAAAUGCGCAGACUGCAUGGCGCGGGAGACGGACCCGGCGUUGGCAGGUCGAUACUGA